UGAAAACAAAGAUGGCGAACUGAUGUAAUGUGAGCGUAUACUUUGUGUGUGGAUUUUCGCUUGUUUUCUCGUUUGUUAGUCAUCAAAACCAGUCCAUUCUCAUUUUUAUACACUGGUUAAGAUUUCAGAACUAUCAUAUAGUAUACAUACUGACAUUUUAGUUCAAUCCUUGCCUAUUUAGUGAGAUUGUUUCGAGAAUCCUAAAUUUUACAUCCAGUAUUGUCGUCGUUUAUCAAGGCAUAAACAUGUUUAGAAUACCCGCUUCCUUAAGAUUCCUUGGAGGGAACAGUAAACAGAUUUACAGUUCAAAAGGUAAGGUUUUACUUUACGGUGGUAGCGUUUAAAAGACCGUGCUUUUUCCUUGUGCGGCCUCUGAGUGUUCAAUUUAUUUGACAACCGGUCCAUUGUACCUUUACCAAAACAUAUUUUGCCAUUAAUUUGAGCUGUUCAGCUUUUAUGACGCAUAUGAGCGAAGACUUUCUUCGAAACUCAGGCUAACAUUUAAUAUUAUACUAAAUGAGACAUCACUUUGGAAGAAUUUGCGUUUUAGGAUAGGUCGGCUGAAGGCGCAUGGUAUGUGAUCUCACUACAUCCGCUUACUCAGUUGUUUCCACAAUCCUAUGAUAUCCAUUUUGUAAACUAAGUUGAAUUUUACGUGGAUGUUUUCUUGGGAAAAUAAAGCAUUUGGGUGAUUUCUUAGGCAUGCGAUUAUUUCUUUUACUGCUCUCGCAACAUUCGAAUUUUACGGUCAAUUAUGUGACGUUUUUGUUCGCCCUUUGGACUGUAGUAGAUAAUAGAAUUAUCAUUAUGUAAGCGUCGUCAUAUGACAUAACAAAAGUGAAAACAGAGCUGUUUUUUCAAUCAAUUCAAACGUCCUCCUUCUUUCUGUUUGAGUGCAACAGAAACCUUGAAGUGAAAAUCAAUUUUGUUCUGUUUUCACUCUCUUUAGCUAAUUUAUGCUUUAUCUUUUUGUAGACUUUGUUUUGAUGAGAACAUUAAGUCAAACUUUCUUACAGGAAUCUAGAAUAUUUUUAAGAUUGUCUUAGAGCUUGACUGUAAACAGCAUCGUGAUAUUGCACUUUUGUAGUGAAAAGUUCAAUAUUGUGUUCUGAUUCUCUAAAUGAAACCAUUUCUAGUUGAUUAUUUUACUGUGGUUGAUCAAUUUUUAACCUUGUUGCAAUUGUCUCUGGGAAACUGAGUGAUAAAAGCAAGAUAAAUGAUCUAGAAACAGAACUGAAAGUUUCAGAGAAUUGUUAUUUGAAAUACUAGUUAAGUUUGUUUUAGUAAAAUAUAUGUAUGUUAUUUGCUAUCAGGGAAGUCCAUAUUGGGAAAAACUGUGCCUAAGGUCUCGAGUGUCCUUGGCCUAUGGCCUCAGGCAGUACUCAAGACAAAGGACACAGUUUUUCCCAAUACAGACCAUUCCAGGCUGGUGAAUAACAUCUCUAUUUUUUCUAAAACUUAACAAAAUACUUGCUAAAAGAACCUGAAUGAUUUAGGGCUGUAAUUAUGCCAAGAUCCUCUCAGAUUGAACAGUUUUUUGAGAAGUGAAUGGUAGUUGAAAUGGAGAUUGAAAUUAAAGAGAGAGGCUUCACCAAAAUAUUUUUGUUUGUGUAACAAUAAAGGUGAUUUAAAAGGCUUCCAAACAAACUUCGAAACAUUUUUUUGCAAGUAUCUGUCACAAUCUGACACAUGUUAAUUCGAGAGCACAUAAGAAAAAAGAACACAUUUACACUUUUGAAAAAAUAAUAACAGUACUGGUUUGGCCAACAAAUUCAAGUUUGAUGACUGUUACAACAAUUUUUUUCAAAACAUCCAAUGUUCUUACAGAAAGUAUUAUUCACUUCCAUCCAUGAUUGGUGUACAAAGAAUGCCUCUGCAAAAAUAAUAAAAGCCCAUAUCACAUGGUUAUGAAAUGCUCUACUUUUAAAAUACUUUUUAGGUAAUAAUAGGACAACAAUUUCUUUGUAACUUAUCCCCUCAUUUUCACAUGAAUUUGAAGAAAAAUAUUUCCUCUAGUUAUCCAACCAUUCUAAAAUUGACAGAACUUUGUUUGCCAUACUUUUGUCAUAAUAAGACUCUUGAUCUCUGUGGAAUUGUUUUUUACUAUUUAUCUAAAAGAAAGAAAAUUGUGCAAAUUAAAUUAAACAUAUUUUAGGUAGAAAGCUCACUGUAAACAACUCCCUUGAUCAGGAGGAAUAAUUUCAAUGUUGUUUUGCUUGUAUCAGAGGAAAUGAGGUUGAAUGUAUUAUGGUGAGUGGACAACACUUUAUCGGCUGUGCUUCACAAAUGAUUCAAUCAAAUAAAACCAUGUUUCUAAAAACAGUACCUGACUUAUAAGACAGUGACUUAAAAGUGUUUUUUACGUUUUCAGAAUGUAUAAAAUCGUCAACUGUCAGAAGAUUGUACAAUCAAGGUUUAAGAGAUAGUAGACCUGUGUUUGCUGCAGUUACAAGUCUUCAUAGCACAAGGCAAAGUACUUCAGGAAUUUCAAACCAUUGCCAUGAAAGAAAAUGUAGAAGGGUUUUUUCCUCAAGUAGUGGAAGCAAAGACAAGAGUGACAAAGGAUCAGGAAAUCAAUGGAGUUGUCCAAAAUGUGGAAAUCCAUGUACUACUGUAGAACGUAAGUUGUGGGUUACUCAUUUACUUAGUCCAGGAUUUCAUUUUUUCACUGAACCACAUGACAAAGCUUUUGAGCCACAGUCAAGAGGAGUACUUACAUACUGAGACUUGAGUGUAAUGGAUAACCUACAAUACAUGUGCAAGAUCUAAACAAAAAAAGAGUAUUUGGUUUAAUUCUUGUGCAGAAAAGUUUUUUUUCUUCCUUGCCUGGAAGUAUUUUCUUAAAGGAAUACUCAAAAAGUUCCCUCAAGAACAACUAUAGUAGAUGUCUUUUUUGGAAUUUCUGCUAAACCUUCACAGGUUCAACAUAUGGAUUGAUAGACAAACUAUCAGUGGGAGUUUUCUUGAACACUGCAACUCUUUUUCUGGUCUUUGAAUAUAAACAUCAACCAGCUACAAGAUUUUUUUACUCCAUAUUUAUCUCAGUUUCGAUUCCUGGACCUGUUGUCACAUGUGGGUUAAGUUUGUUGUUGGUUCUAGUCCUUGCCCCAAGUGUUUUUCUCCAGAUCCUCUAGUUUUCCUCCCUCCACAAAAACCAACACUGCAAAUUCAAAUUUGACCUGGAAAUAGUGGGCAAGAAGAGCCACCUCAUGAAAUGUUUACUGCUAAAUUUUUGAUCCCAUUCCUAUUGAUUUGUUAUGAAAUAAAAGUCACUAUAUAAUUUGUUGCACUUUAAUACAUGCUUUUUUGUGUUUUGCAGCAUCAACUCGUUUUGUACAAUGUGACAAGUGUAAUCACUUCUUCCUAAUCUUAUCGGAAUCAGAUUCCAAGAGAUAUAUUCAUGUUAAAUAUAAUGAUAAAGCUUCUGGAAAUGAAGCAGAUAAACAAAGCAAAGCUGUACAAGCACCUCCACCACCUCCCAGAAAGGUUUGUGUACUUUUAUGUAGUUCCUUGAUUAACCCUUAAACUCCCAGAAGUGAUUAACAUGUUACUUCUCCGUACAUUGCACAGCAAACAGGUAUUGAGAAUACUCAAAGAUAUCAGGUAGAAGUUGUUAUUUUCAUCUAAUCCCCAAUUUUCAUUAUUGUUUUACAAGGAAAGUGUGGCAGCUAAGGGAAGAGGUUUUUGGGGGGGGGGAGGAGAAUCAUCAAUCAGAUCUUGGUAAAUUUAGUUAAAGGGUUAAAUGCAUCUUAGAAUUAAAGAAGACUUAUUUCAAUUAAUUUUAAAAUAUGGGGCCAGAGGAGCAAGUCCAGAUAAUAAAAAAUGCAGAUUAUUAACAUUUGAGUGUGUUGUGUUGCUUAAUCACAAAAUAAUUCACACAACAUCGUCAUAUCUUCUUGCAGAUCUUUGAAUACUUGAACAAGUAUGUAAUAGGUCAAAGUUACGCCAAGAAAGUACUGUCAGUAGCUGUGUAUAAUCACUACAAAAGACUGUCAGUGAACUUGCCACAAGCCCAGCAAUCUUCAGCACCAACAGAAGUUAAACCAGUUCCUCUCCAAAGACCAUUCCCUGGCUCACCACAAGGUGAUCAUCCUUCUCUGUAGACUUUGGUUUUGAUUUUCUUUAUAGUUAUCAAAUGAAGCUUUUCAAAGCAGCUUACUAGCCAGGAAAAUUGUUGAGGAACAGAUUUGUUUUCUAGGAAAUGAUUGUUAUUUUAAACAAAUUACUAGAUUUGUAUUAGUCUGUUGGUUUUAAGUGUGUAGUUAUUAAAUUUAUUCGAGGCAAGCAAAAGUGAUGUCAUAGUUUAGGAGAAAAUUUAUUGAUAUGUAGCACUUCAAUAGUUUCUAAGUUAUUGAGUGUGAGCAAAGAAAUUAGACUGAUAACAAAGUUCAAGUAUUGCUGCAAUCAAAACUUAAGAGAAACAGCAGCAAAAUAAUUAUGAAGUGUGUAUUUGUGUGCAGAAUUUUCUUUGUGUGCAUUCCCUCUAACCUACUUCCACUAUACAUUGUGUGCAAUAAGUUAUAAUGUAUAACAAACAUUUCAAGAGAAUGCUUUCCCUUUUCCUUUUGGAUAGAGCUGCAGAUGCUCAUGACUCAGACAUCAAACCUCAAUUCUCCCUUAGGAGCAAGUGGUGUUCAUUCACCAAGUCAGCUAAGAGAACAGGCAGGAAGUGACAUCCUGGACUCAGAUGUGGACAAAAUUCAACUAGACAAGAGUAAUAUCUUGCUGUUAGGACCCACUGGCUCAGGUAAGGGGAACCCCCUACUCUUUCCUAUGCAUUCUAGCAACAAAAUAAAUGUAAUCUUAAGAUUUGUAACAUUUUUCUUGAAUGUGAGACAAAGGAGAUACAAGUCCAUUCAAAUAUUUAACCUUCAGCUGCUCUCCAAGAGGAAUCUUUGCCAUAGAAUGGUGUACUGACCCUAAAAGAACUUAAUAACAGGCUAAGUUGUUUCAUUGCUAGAUUCACAUGGGACACGUGUCCUGCUUGCUGCUGACCUAGAAAGAUGACACAUUUUAGUUCCAUUUCAAAACUUAAAGACUUUGAACAUUUGUUAUGAGCAUGUGCCAAAAAAUAAAUCUCUAAAGGGAACAGGUAGAUUUUAGAACUCACAGGUACCCAUUGUUUUUCUUUUGUUAGGUAAAACUUUGCUUGCACAAACUAUUGCUCGAUGUUUGGAUGUCCCCUUUGCAAUCUGUGAUUGUACUGCUCUGACACAAGCUGGAUAUGUUGGUGAGGACAUUGAAUCUGUCAUUGCCAAACUCCUACAGGUUGGUGUAACUUAUGAAUUUAUCAGAGUGUACUGAAAUAAAAAUUGGACAAUUUACCAUCUUCAACAGCAGUUUUAUGGAUUGAGUACAAUUGUUUAUUUUGAUUUUCUCACCCUUCACAGGAGGCUGGUAACAGCGUGGAUAGAGCACAGCAAGGUACUAGCUUAUUUAAAAUAACUGUAAUUAACUUGCAACUACAGACAUGUUAACCUUUGAAUUGAAGGACACAAUGUCCAAGUCUAACUUGUUGGGUAAUAGAUCCUCACCUAAUGAAUAACCAAAGAUGUAAAUAGUAAAUUCUCAGGAAAUUAAUGAAUAAGCUGAAGGAAAGAUGGGGUAAUUUAGUAUGUCUUCACACUGAAAAAGGGUCAACACUCAAAAAAUGUCAGCUUUCAAACUCUUUACAAAGGCCAAUUUACUAAAUUACAUUGUUAUACACUCCCACUGAUGCAGCAUUGCAGUUUGUUUAGAAACUUACCCCCUUUAUACAGCCUUUGGAACAGUCAGUAUAUUUGUGUUUUCAAGGUGAAGCUGAACAAGCCACUCACCCAAGAAUAUUUCAAUUAAUGAAAAUUUUCAGCAUAGACUAGUUCUCAAAUAUCAUUGGCUAGUAACAUUUGGUACUGAAUUUUCAUUGGUUAUGGAGCUGUGUGAUCUGAUGUGUCCAAUUAUGAACAAUUUUGGCGGUGCUUUUAAAUUCAAACAAAAUGAUACAUGAGGACUCUUUCAAACCAAUUAGAUAUCAGCAUCUUGUUAUUGUAACUCAAUGCUCUUUAACCUUUGCACUUGUUUCUAUCAGGAAUUGUGUUCUUGGAUGAAGUGGACAAAAUCAGUUGUGUACCAGGUGUGCACAAUCUUCGAGAUGUUGGUGGUGAAGGUGUACAGCAGGUAACUGAGACUCCUUCAAAGUAAAAAUUCAUUUUUUGCAUUUGGAUCAAGGGAAAAUUCAGACCAUUAAGUUGUUCAAGUGAUAGAGUAGGUGUGAACGUGUUGGUGAUCACCAACCCAAGGGUGUAUUUCAGGUUCAAAGUGACAGGAAAGACUAAAUGUGGACAAACAAAGAGAAAAAUGUCACUCAAGAAAAUACCAAGAUACUCAAUAUUUCAUAUUUGCAAUGUAAAUAAUGAAAAAAAAUAAGUCCAUCUGAAUUCUUGAAAUAUUUUAUAUGGAAAGAAAGUGUCUCCUGAAAGAAGUCACCCAGUUUACUUGCGAUAAAAAACCCAAAUUUUUCAUAUCCGAAAAAAUCCUAAACCAAAGAGAACCCUGGUAUCAUGGCGUAACUUAAGGUAUUUACAAGUCAAAAACAUUUUUAAAUUCGAUAUGGAGCAAAGGGGCCACGCUCUUAUAUCGUAGAAGUCUCCAUGUGUCAUGUCCAAUCUUAAAUAUUUUCAGUUGAGCCACCAUCGAGAUCCAUAACGUCUUCUUCGCGCUUUUUUCCUUUAGCCAAGCUGGCUUUUUGAGGAGGGCUUUGACGUUCUUAUCUGUUUAAUUGUUAACAAGCUCGGACAGUUUUAGAUAGGAAUGAUCGAUUUAUAUUUUAAAAUUAUUUUGUUUGUAGGGUUUGUUGAAGAUCCUUGAAGGGACGGUGGUAAAUGUCCCAGAGAGAAACUCACGAAAGAUGCGCGGGGACAGUGUAGCUGUGGAUACCACGAACAUAUUGUUUGUAGCAUCUGGAGCAUUCAAUGGACUGGAUCGAAUUAUCAAGAAGAGAAAUCAAGAGAAGGUAAUUAUUAUUAAUGUUGACCGAAACUUUCAACAACUACCCAAGCAAUAUACCGAAAUAAAAAGAUUGCUCAACAUCCUCUGCAUUUGUCAUGUUUCCUCGUGUGUUUAAAUGCGCGAAAAACUUUGUUUGAUACUUUAUUACCAACGAAAAAAUUAUUUUUUCUUUCUUCUUAUUGCACAAUUUCCAAUUUGAUCCGAAUACAUAUUACUACCGGCUCUGUUUGUUCUGAUAGUGAAUAGGAUAAAAAAAAGUCUCGAAAAGGGUAAGAUUUAGUUCCACAGGAUCAUAGCCAAAUGCAUAGCAACAUAGUCAUUGUACCAAAGCAAAAAUGGCUCCAAAGAUAAGAUAACAUUAUUAGUAAGUAUGCUAAUAUUUGAGCAAGCGUUGUGGAGAAGAAAAAGAACUUCUUCGGGUUAGUUAAGGUUGCAGUUGAGGUAAGCAUGUUACAAUUUUAAUUUUCCCUUCUGUUGAGAAUUUUUUGUUGUUGUUAAUCGUAAAAAACGAUAUUAAUCUGUUGGUACUGUUACUCCAGGUGAUCGGGUUUGGAGCACCCACCAGCGAUCGUGGUUCUAAAGGAAAAGAGCUUGACAUCUUCAAGAAUUACCAGCCUGAUGUUAGAGAUGAUAACGCCGAGCGGGACAAGUUGCUCAGUAAGGUGGAGGCGCGGGAUCUGGUUGAGUUCGGGAUGAUACCCGAAUUUGUGGGUCGACUUCCUGUGGUGGUCAGUUUACACUCUUUGGAUGAGGAAUCGCUUGUGAAGAUACUGACUGAACCUAGAAACGCUCUGGUACCACAGUACCAAGCACUGUUUAACAUGGACAAGGUAUGACCUCGAUAUCAGAUCCUUUUUUCAGUUUUCCUAACGAGCCUUGAUCCGGCCCUUUCUGUGACAUGAAUUAAUCUUUUAUUUUAUCUCCCCCUUGAAUGCUAAAAUUGACCCUCUCCCCCGGUAGUAUUUUUUUCGGGUCGUACCCACAACAAAGAAACGAGAUCGUCAUAGUGUCUUUCGUGAAGUCACCUAGCUUACCCGCCAGACCAUCCUGUCUCCGGCAGCUCUCUUCAACUUGGCGCUUCGGUGUUAAACGUGUGUUAUCCAACCUCCAUUUGAGAAAAUUUACCAUUUACUUACAGGUUUAUUCCCAAAUUGUGCAUGAUAGUUUAAAAUGGUGGUAUGUUUGUGCCAGGGAUUUUCUGUUAACUGAGAGUGUCUUUCCUAGGUUGAACUAAACCUCAGUCCAGAUGCCUUGAAGUUAAUCGCUAACAAAGCUUUGGAAAAGAAGACGGGAGCACGUGGUCUGAGAGCCAUACUGGUAAGGACAUGAUCAAUGAAUCGACAGGUAGAACUCUCACUGACGUAGAAUCAGAAUACCAGAGUAAUGUGAUCUAAAUGGUUCAUCAGAGAGCUAAGGUAACUCUCUCAAGGAGUCAACGAGAAUUAACGAUUAAAACAGGAGCGCGGCAACACGCGACUGACUAAUUCAUGGUUUUACCUCCGGACGUGGAGAGGGUUGUGGAUAUUUUUUGGAACAUUUACAGGGUGAAGCAAGGCAAAGCCGCCGCAAACUUAGAUUACUUUUAACAUUCAAUACUGAAAAUUUGCUCUGUUAAAUAAUUCCGUCUGUUGUACCUCUCGUGGAUUCUACCGAUCAGUAAAAGAUAACCCAGUGUCACCAAAGGAAGGGUUCUUUCUCGCCAUUUUUGUUUUGUUGUCGUUUUGGUGUAGAUUCUUUCCAAAAAUAUUUUUAAGAGAAAUAUUAGAUCAAUAUAUGCAAUUUUAUUAAUGAUUUUUUAAAGGUUUUAUUAAUGCGUAGUUUUAAUCUUCUAGGAGAAUUUGCUAUUAGACCCCAUGUUUGAUACACCUGGCUCUAACAUCCGGACAGUUUAUAUAGAUGAACACGUGGUCGAUGGAAGUAAAAAAGCUGAAUACGUCUUGGCCCCUGAAGAAGAGGCCCCUAAUGCCGAAGCGAAUGAGGAACAAGAAGAAAUAUAUGCUGGGGACGUCAGUUCAAGGGCAUAAAAAUAACAAAAUGAACGUUCAACAUUGACUGUAUGGACCAUCAACAGUUAACUUCCAAGAUUGUUACACCCAUCGUUCUUCCGGCAGGAAAAUGUUUAUAGCGCUUGAAGAGAUUUUCAACGAGAAACGAAGACAUAAGAAAAACGCGCGAUACUGGGGAAACAUCUACUUGGCACUUUUAUGAAUAGUCCAAUAUCGUAUUUACUGCUUGGAAAAUUAUUGUCUUUGUUGUCUUUUUCUGAUAUCAGUUUUUAAUAUGGUGUUACCCGUCUGAAGUUAGGGCUGUUGUUUUGUUUUUGUUUUAUGUUUUUUUUGCGCGAAAACAUAAGAUCGUCGUUUUAAUAGUCAUGUAAUUUUUGGGUUCAAUGAGAGAAUCUCUUUUACUGUACAAAACCUCGUGAUUUCAUAGCUGAAUGUAAAAUAUCUCACUACUAUUUGACCCGCAUUAAAUUCUCUUUGACCAACAUCUAAUUUUUCUCGGGUUGUACAGUAGAAUUGUCUAUACUUGCAUAGAAUCCCAAUAGACUAAAAAACCUUUUAACCCUUUAACCCCAUAGUGUGAUUAUCAUCUAAUUUCUCCUUACAGUAUCAACCUUGAAUCACACAUAAAGGUCACGAGAAAAAAAGAAAUGAUCACCAACUAAAGAAACUCUUGAUUUUUAAAUUCUCCUUGUCAGCAACAUGAAAAAUUUUCAGAGAACAGUAUGGAGAAUAAGCAAACUGACCUUAGGGUGUAAAGGUUUAAGAGUUUUUUAGAGAGGGUUUCAUGCAAACAAAGGUGUAAUGCACGAUGUAGAUUGAUUUAACCCUUUUGUCCCGAAUAAUGAGAAGCAUCUUAUUUCUCCUAACAAUAUCACCCUAAACCAAACACUAAAGUCACAAAUAAAGGAAAUAAUCACCAACUAAAGAACUAUACAGAAAAUAGU